CUAGAGAAGCUCGCCAUCUUUGGAUACGACAGGGCACAGACAUUUGGACGAUUGCUUUGUUCACAUUUUUCACAAAACUACACGAUUUAGUUUCUUGGACCCUAAAGCAGUUCAACGAAGACUGCAGACACGUGUAAUGCAUAACAGUGUCUUUCUUGCGAGGGAUAUAUACAAAAAAGAAUCACAUUUGUAAUGAUGCGCCAGUCCAAGCGAAUGCACUCACCAGGUGUCUGGCUUGAUGAGUAUAGCUGGGAAGAGAGAAUGGAGCGUCGGAAGAGAAAGAAAAGAGAUUCACACAGCAGUGAAAGAGAAAAUAAGUCCAGAAGAACCAAUCGUCACCACAACACAUAUGAGGGGCACUUCUUGGAGACCCGUAGUUUGAACCAGAGGCUGGACUCUCGGGAAAGACCGACCCAAGACUGCAGUUUGGACAUGGCCUGUGAGGAGAGCAACCGUGAUGGAACCUGCAAAGAAAGAGACCGCGACUGGCACCACUACAGCAAGUCAUCCGGGCGUAGUGGUCGCAGCAGGCGGAGCAGCCGCAGGCGCCCAGACAAACGACGCAGACGUAGCCACUCUCGCCACAGGUCCUCCUCGAGGAGGAGCCAUCACCGCAGGAGCAGGAAAAGAUCCAGGAGUGUUGAGGAUGAUGGCGAGGGUCACCUCAUCUAUCACAGUGGAGACAUGCUGAGAGCGAGAUAUGAGAUUGUGUGUACUCUAGGAGAGGGUGCCUUUGGGAAGGUCGUCGAAUGCAUUGAUCACUCAAAUGAUGGAGCUCGAGUGGCUCUGAAGAUCAUUAAAAACAUAGACCGCUACCGUGAGGCAGCUGUGUCAGAGGUAGAGGUGCUUCAACAGUUGAAAACCCUCGACUCUGAUAGGCGAUAUGCGUGUGUGCGCAUGCUGGACUGGUUCGACUUUCACGGCCACAUUUGUAUUGCCUUUGAGUUGCUCGGCCUCAGCACGUACGAUUUCCUCAAGGAGAACAACUUCCAACCUUUCCCCGUCAAACACAUCAGGCACAUGUCGUACCAGAUCAUCCGAGCAAUCCGAUUUCUGCAUAAAAACAAGCUUACGCACACAGACCUGAAGCCUGAGAAUAUUCUCUUCAUUGAUUCAGACUACGACAUGGAGUACAACCUAAAAAUGAAACGGGAUGAACGAACAUUGAAGAACGCAGAUGUGAAAAUAGUGGACUUUGGUAAUGCCACAUACGAACAUGAGCACCACACCUCUGUUGUGUCUACACGUCAUUACCGUGCUCCUGAAGUCAUCUUAGAUCUCGGCUGGGAUCAUUCCUGUGAUGUCUGGAGCAUAGGUUGUAUCCUCAUUGAGUACUACCUUGGAUCGACUCUAUUCCAGACCCACGACAGUAAAGAGCACCUUGCUAUGAUGGAGAGAGUUCUGGGCCCUAUUCCCACAAACCUUCUGGAGAAAACCAGGAAACAGCGGUAUAUCCACCGAUCCAAACUGGACUGGGAUGCUCAGAGCUCUAGUGGGAGAUACGUCAGGAAACACUGCAAACCUCUCAAGCAUUACAUGGUGUCUCAGGAUGAAAACCACCACCAGCUGUUCGACCUCAUUAAGAAGAUGCUGGAGUAUGACCCAGCUAAGCGCCUCACUCUAGAUCAGGCCCUCCGUCAUCCCUUCCUGUCAUGCUACCGCAAAAGCAGCAGCAGCAGCAGCAGCAGCAAAAGAGACUGAGUCAACCUCUGACCUGCGACCUUGUCCCAGGCUCGGCUGUCAUCAUGAUAUUAAUCAUGGUGCUCAUGUCCGCCUCUACUUCCCGACUCUCCAGGAGAGGUGAAUCUUAACUGACUGUAUCAGUCCACUGCCCUACUGUCCUGUCUUAAACCAGUGGGAUGGUUAUUCUCAUAAAUCCACAAGUUGUGUUUUUGUCUGUGAAAUGUUUUGGCGUAAUGAAUCCCUCAACUGAUUUGUAUUUAUUUGCCAUUGUAAUUAAAAUAGUAGAGUGAGUCUACUGUGAGAGCUGUUUUUUUUUUCUUUCUUAUGAUUUGUCCAAUUUCUGUCAUGUAUUGUCAAGUAGUUAAGAGAUUGAGAAAUGCUUUUCACUGCAUCUGCCUUACCAGUAAUUUAUUCAGCAUUGUAUUGUAAAAAAUGUUAUUGCAGGCAGGAAAUCUUUGUACAUAGUUCAGAUACUUUUUUCAUUGACUUCGUUGUGUACCUUUUUGCAGUAUCAUGUACUUUUUCUCAAUAAAGGUGUAUAGACCUGAA